GAUCACAUUGCUAGUAGCUGGAUUCUUGUAUAAUUCAGUCGGAAACUAAAUAGUAUUCGGCUGAGUUCGGGUUUCGCCUUUUCUUGCAUUUGUGGUGCGAUCUUGAAGGUUGCGGAUAUUAUUACGGUGAUUUGAUCAGAUUUCGUGAUUUUAGAUACCGUAGAAUUAGUGCAGCACUAAAUAACUAUUUAAAAAUCAUUUGUUUGUGAUUUGAUUUAUAGAAAAAUUUAAUCGUGUGGUAUUUUAUCUACAGCAAAAAUGUUCAGCGGAAUCGCAGCCGCGUUCCGAAACAUCGGAGAGAAGACGGCGUCUAUCUUUGAGAGGAAGAAGAAGGAUGCGGAGACCAUCGCCCAGGAGAAGGCCGCUGAAGCCGCCCACGUCGUCGAGGAAAACCUGAAGAAGGCUGGGGAGACGGCUUCUGAGGCUGCUACCUCUGCUGCCGAUGCCAAGAAUGCAACAAUUGAUGCGGUAGACAAAGAAUUAGCGAAGGUAUCAGUCGCUGCCGGUGAAGCGAAGAAUGCCGCCGACAAAGCUAUAGCAGAUGGCAAGAAGGUUGUUAACACUACUAAAGAUACUGUAGCAACGACAGUAGACAACACGAAAAAAGCAGCGGGAUCAGCCAUAACCACAGCUAAAGAUACAGUAUCAAAUGUAGCACAAAGCACAGUAGAUACCACACAGAAAACAGCAAAGUCCGCAGUUGAAGCUGGAAAAACAUACGCAUCUAGUGCUAAAGACACAGUUCAAAGCACAGUAGAUAGUACGCAAAAAGCAGCACAGUCUGCUUAUGAUACUGGCAAAUCUUACGCAUUAAGUGCUAAAGAUACAGCAGCAAAUACUAUUCAAAACACUGUUGAUACUACACAAAAAACAGGUCAAUCUGCAUUUGCAGCCGGCAAAGAUUACGUAGCUUCCACUAAAGAUACCAUAGCAAGUAAUUUGCAAAGUGCAUUAGACGCGUCAAAAACGACAACACAAUCUGCGUUAGAUACCAGUAAACAGUAUGCUUCAAGUGCAAAAGAUACAGUAGCUAAUGCAGCUCAAAGUACUGUAGAUACUACACAAAAAACAGCUAGUACUGCCCUUGAAACUGGUGAAAGUUAUUUUGCUUCAGCUAAAGAUGCAAUUUCGAACACAGUAGAUAGUGCACAGAAAAAUGCUUACUCAGCCUUUGAAACCGGUAAAUCCUAUAUCACAGGCGCUAAAGAUACAGUAACUGAUACAGUCCAAAGUUCAGUAGAUACAACGCAAAAAACAGCUCAAUCUGCACUAGACACAGGAAAAUCUUACGCUGCAAGCGCAAAAGAUAGCGUUGCUAAUACUGUUCAAAGCACAGUUGAUACCACACAAAAAACCGCACAGUCACUUGUUGAUACUGGUAAAACAUACGCUUCUAGUGCCAAAGAUACGGUAGCAGAUACCGUUAGAAAUUCGGUUGGAGAAACCAAAAAUAUUGCUGAUUCAACAACCGAGACAGCUAAAUCAUACGUGGAUAGCGCUAAAGAUACGAUAGCCAGUACAGUAGAUAGUACAAUUAAAGCUGCUCAAAGCUCUAUUGAGACGGGAAAAUCGUAUAUGGAUUCUGCAAAAGAUACCGUAGUAAACACCGUUCAUUCAACUGUAGAUAGUACUAAAAAUGUAGCUGCAUCUGCAUACGAUAAAGGCUCAGCUUUGAUUGGAGGCGUAAAAGAUACAAUCGCGAGCACAGUGACCACAACUGUAGAUACAACUAAAACUGCAGCAGCAUCCGCGGUAGAUAAAGGCGCUUCACUUGUAGAUACAAUGAAAGACACUGCAGCUAGUACUGUAGAUACAACAAAAAAUGUUGCUUCGUCUGUUGUUGACAAGAGUACCUCACUCAUUGGAAGCGCUAAAGAUAACAUAGCUAGCACCUUACAUACAACAGUAGAUACUACUAAAAAUGUAGCAUCAUCGGCUUUCGAUAAAGGAUCGUCGCUAGUAAGCUCGGCUAAAGACACUGUAGCAAGCACUAUGCAAUCAACUGUUGACACCACCAAAAACGUUGCGUCAUCCGCAGUCGAUAAAGGCGCUUCAAUGGUAGAGGCAGCUAAAGGUACUGUUGCAAGCACAAUAGAUACGACUAAAAAUGUCGCUUCAUCGGCCCUAGAUAAAGGUCUUACAUUAGUUGGCUCUGCUAAAGAUACUGUUACGAGUACAUUUAGUUCUACUGUAGAUACUACUAAGAAUGUAGGAGCAGCAGCAGUCGAUAAAGGAUCGUCUUUAGUAGGAUCUGCUAAAGAUACGGUAGCAAGCACAAUAGAUACUACCAAAAACGUUGCCUCAACAGCUGUUGAUAAAGGCCUUUCAUUUGUUGGUACUGCUAAAGAUACUGUAUCAAAUACAGUUCAAAGUACAAUAGACUCUACCGAGAAUGUUGCCGAUUCGGUUUACGAUAAGAGUGCUUCACUUGUAACAGGCGCUAAAGAUACAGUAACAUCCUCGGUGGAGGGCAUGUCUCAAGCUGAUGACACUAAAGCUUUUCUUGAUAAUGCAACAGAUACAAUCAACGCGACAGUAGACACGACGAAGAAGACCGCAGAGGAAGCAAAGGCUCAUGCUCUAAAGGUGGCUGAAGAUGCCAAAGAGAAGGCCAAAUCAGCCGCUGUGACUGCUAAGGAAGAAGCUAAGAAAGCCGCAGAAAAGGCAGCGGCGGAUGCCAGCAAUGCCGUGGACAACACACUUAAAAGAGUCGAGGGUGCUACCGACCAGGGGUUGAAGAACGCUGGUCAAGUAGUCGAUGAGAAAAUCAAGAACGCUGACAAGUUCUUAAAUGAGAAACGCGAAUCGCUGGUAACAAACCUGUCGAGUGCUGCUCACGACGGUGCUGAAGGCGCUGCAGGCUUGCUGAGCAAAGGCCUCUCAGCUUUCCCCAAAUAAAUCUUUGCUUACAUCAUCGUUACCCGGGAAGCUUACAACAUUGUAUAUUAUUUAUUUUAUAAAUAUAAUCACAUUUAUACAAGGAA